AACAAGCGAAGUACAACAAUACAAUAUAAUUUAUAAUCUUAAUAUUUCUAAAUAAUUUAAAAGUAACAUAUAGUUUCGUAUUGUUAUUAUACGACGACAACUGAUGGCAGAACUGCAUAUAUUGGGACAAUUGCAGUGUGCGUCCAAUUUUGAAGAAUCCACUUCACUCUUGUGUCGCUAUACGUUUCAGACCGGUCCUAACUGGACAAUUAUAUCUGGAUGUCCAGAGGGACAGACUACCUCAGCAGAUCCUGAUCAUAAUAAGUCAAAUAUUUGGGCUCAUCCAAUUGACAUCCAUUAUAUUACAAAAGGGAUUCAGGGAUGGCCUAAACUAAUAGUGCAGGUGAGUUGUUUGGACUUGCUUGGCCGUUCGUGGGUAGUGGGUUACAGUUGCUGUAGCCUGCCAGUUGCACCUGGACAUCAUACAUUACAAGUACCUUGUUGGGAGCCUGUGGGUACCACAUUGACAGAGAGGAUUCGUCAAUAUUUUCUUGGUGGAUCACAUCAACUUUUACAAAAGGAUAUAAUUAAUUUAGGAACAGACAGGUUUAAAUUAAAAACUAAAUCAAAAGGAUCAGUAAAAUUGCAAAUUGAAUUAAUCUUAAGAAAUUUCACUCAGUUUGGUGUAGAAUAUAAGUGA